UUCGUGGAUUUCCGUUUUCCGUAAGAAAUACUGUUUCCUCCUUCCUCCUUCCUCAUAAAUCCCUCUUUUCUCCUCCAUUGUCUUCCAAAUCCUGAAUUUUCUCUCAAAUUUUCCGGGAAAAUGAAGGAAAUCCAAGGAAAUCCUCUGAGUCUCAAGUCGCUCAACCACAUAUCGCUUCUCUGUGGAUCAGUGGAACAGUCAAUCGAUUUCUACCAGAAUGUUCUAGGGUUUUUCCCCAUUCGUCGGCCUGGAUCCUUCAAUUUCGACGGCGCAUGGCUGUUCGGUUUCGGCAUUGGAAUCCAUCUCCUACAAUCCGAAGAACCAGAAAACUUGCCGAAGAAAGGCGAGAUUAAUCCCAAAGACAAUCACAUAUCAUUCCAGUGCGAGAGCAUGGGGGCGGUGGAGAAGAAGCUGAAGGAGAUGGGGAUUGAUUGCGUGCGGGCGGUCGUAGAGGAAGGGGGAAUUUACGUGGAGCAGCUGUUCUUCCACGAUCCUGAUGGUUUCAUGAUCGAGAUCUGCAACUGCGACAAUCUGCCGGUGAUUCCAUUGGGGAAUGACGUGUCACGAUCCUGUUCGCUCGUGAAUCUUGAGAAGUUGCAGCAACAGCAGAUACAGCAGGUGGUUAAGCAGCAGUAGAACAAACAAGCAAACAAGAACCAAGAACGAGAAGAAGAAGAAGAAGCCACGAAAAUGAAUAAAAUGGUUAAUUAAUUAAAAACAGAAUCCGUUCUGUUUAAAAUGUGGGAUUUUUCCUCCCUGUGGGUGUUGAACGACAUGUCGUUUGUACUUUUUGAGUUAUUUUAUUUUAUUUUGGGGCAUAAUAAUGGAUAACGUCGGGCAUUUGUGUUCAUAAUACUCACUCUCACCUACCCCCAACGCUACUCAUGGAAGAAGGAAAGUGGAGUAUUGUGAUCUUUUUUUUUUUCUUUUUUGCAUCAUUUAUGUUAAUAGCUAUCAAUGUUUAAAUUUGUCUCUUCAUUUUAUGGAAAUAUAAAUAAAAUAUUUAUGUGACA